GCCCCCAGCUAGCAACCAGCGGGCAAGCCCCUGCCCCCGUGUGUGGCCCGCCAGCCCUGGCCAGGUAACCAGGUCCUCAGGUACCUUCUGUCAUUGCGUUGCUUUUCAGCGGUGCACCGUGCGCCUGAUGGGGUGGCUCAUGUGAGGAAUUAGAGAUCUCACAAUAGGCAGGAUUUACGGGAGUGUGUGGGGGCAGGAGGUCAUGUGUGCCAGCACAAACUGCUGGAAACCGUCCCUUAUCGGAGGCAAACGGCCAAGCACGGGGGUCUGAGGAUCAUGUGCUACCUGCCGAUUCACGGUGCACCUGCCAGCGUUCCGGAAUCAACAACGCCAGCUCCUCUCAGUGACAUUGUACAUGUCAUUGUGUUAUUUUAGCUUUAAGUUUAUAUCCAUUUUAGACCUCAGGCUUCAUGGGGCCAAGAAUAAACUUUCUUCUGAUCCUUGUUGCUGUGUCCACAGUUUCAGGUACAAAGUAGGGGCUCUGCAAAUAUUUAUUGGAUAAAUGAGCUAACCUUAUCCCACCCUGUUUGCUGAGGGAGCCAGCUAGUGCUCUUGGCAAAGGUUUCUGCCGCCUGCGAACUGAAGCGCUCAGCGAGCGGGCUGUGUUAAUCCCCUCAGCAGCACACGCUUCGGCCCCACAGUGCAGUUGUGCCUAAAACAGGUGGGAGUUUGAACGAAGGGCCGCCCCUCCUGUCUGUCUUGUUUGGAUAGGGACCCUGCGUGCAUGCUGUUUUUUGUUUUGGAGUUUUGUUUGUUUGUUUGUUUCUGAGACAGAGUUUUGCUCUUGUUGCCCAGGCUGGAGUGCAAUGGCGUGAUCUCGGCUCACUGCAACCUCUGCCUCCUAGGUUCAAGUGAUCCUCCUAUCUCAGCCUCCCAAGUAGCUGGGAUUACAGGUGCCCACCACCAUGCCCGGCUAAUUUUUGUAUUUUUAGUAGAGACGGGGUUUCAUCAUAUUGGUCAGGCUGGCCUCAAAAUCCUGACCUCAGGUAAUCUGCCUGCCUCGGCCUCCCAAAGUGCUGGGAUGACAGGCAUGAGCCACCGCGCCUGGCCUGCAUGCUGGUUUUGAAGUUUGUUUCUGAAUCUCAGGAUCACGCUAGCUGGCAUGACUGUGCUGAUGGCUGCCUCCACCAGCAGACAGUGGAGGGUGAGGUGAGCUCACUGCUGGAGAUCCUCCGUUUUAACAAGUGCUGGUAUAACGCCAGGCGGUUAAAUGCUUCCUACUGUCUCGCUGUACACUACAAGAGUUUUUAUCAGACGCAUUUCUUCAGUCCAGGUGUAACUCUUUGCUUCCCCUGGGUCUGAUGGAAACCAGUCCCCGAGGAAGGAGACGGGAGAGACAGCCCUGCUGGGCGCCCGGCCUCUGCAGAGAACUGUCCUGGGGUGGGGUCGGGAGAUGGACUGUUUUCCUAAUUUAUUUCAAACCAGGAACCCUGGCUGUGUGCAUUCUGCCUCAUCCCCCGUCUCCAUAUUUUUUAAUAUUCUUUUCAUGAGCUAGCAGGGAUGAUGUAAAUACAUUGAGCUGACCGAGGGCCGGAUGGGAGGUUCUAGUGAAGCCUGCGGUUUGCUGACGACUUUCCCCCUCCGUGCAGUCCAGUUAUUUGGGAGCCGUUAAACACCGCAUGCUGAGAAGACACCGUCAUUGUUCACACAGGAGCUAGAUAGACUUUGUUCCCUCUACACUGCAUUUUUUAAAAGUUUUCUAUCAAAAACACAUUUCAUAAUCGAAAAGUUUUCUAAACGAUAAAACCGCAUGUCACAGAUUAAUCUCAACAUUAUGCUGAGUGAAGGAAGCCAGACUCCGAAGGCCACACAUUGUAUUUGAAAUGUCCAGGAAAGGCAGAGCUGCAGAGACAGCAGAUGGGUUGUUGCCCGAGGGGUGAGGGCACGCCCCGCAGCGGGCCGCAGUGACAGGCACGCCUGCACACAUCUGCCCCCGCAUCACCCCGCGCCACACACGGGGAAGUGUGCGCACUCCUUCCAGGGACAGCGAGAGGAGCCCCUGCUCUGUCAACGCUCUGAAGGUGCUGCGGCUGCCGGCAGAAGCUAGCAGGCUCCUCUGCUGAGGAGCUGGUGCCUGUCCAGACGCGGAAGAAAACUGACACCUCCCACGUGGGGGACAGAAAGGUCCUCUCAUUGGUGCCACCUGCAGAGAUAGACAAGGAGCGCCUGGCCGUCAGAGGACGCUCCUGACAGUGACACAGUGACCACUAUAAAAGUCAGGCGGGCUGAGGAGGAGACAAAGGCCAGGACGCUCCGCAGCUGUGGGGUAAGAGGAGCUGCCUCCUGGGAUGGAGAAAUUUAAGGCUGCGAUGUUGCUGGGGAGCGUCGGCGAUGCUCUUGGCUACAGAAAUGUCUGCAAGGAGAACAGCACUGUAGGCAUGAAGAUCCAGGAGGAGCUGCAACGUUCCGGGGGCCUGGACCACCUCGUACUCUCGCCAGGAGAAUGGCCCGUGAGUGACAACACCAUCAUGCACAUCGCAACCGCCGAGGCCCUCACCACAGACUACUGGUGCCUGGAUGAUCUGUACCGGGAGAUGGUGAGGUGCUAUGUGGAAAUCGUUGAGAAGCUUCCAGAACGCCGGCCAGACCCAGCUACCAUUGAAGGCUGUGCUCAGCUAAAGCCCAAUAACUACCUUCUCGCCUGGCACACGCCGUUCAAUGAGAAAGGCUCAGGGUUUGGAGCGGCUACCAAGGCCAUGUGCAUCGGCCUGCGGUACUGGAAGCCUGAGCGGCUGGAGACCCUCAUCGAGGUCAGCGUGGAGUGCGGCCGGAUGACCCACAACCAUCCCACAGGCUUCCUGGGCUCCCUGUGCACGGCCCUGUUUGUGUCGUUCGCCGCACAAGGAAAGCCGCUGGUCCAGUGGGGGAGAGACAUGCUGCGGGCAGUGCCGCUGGCAGAGGAGUACUGCAGGAAGACCAUCCGGCACACGGCAGAAUACCAGGAGCACUGGUUUUACUUUGAAGCUAAAUGGCAAUUUUAUUUGGAGGAGAGGAAAAUCAGUAAAGACUCAGAAAAUAAAGCCAUCUUCCCCGACAAUUAUGACGCAGAAGAGAGGGAAAAGACCUACAGGAAGUGGAGCUCAGAAGGUCGAGGGGGAAGACGAGGCCACGACGCCCCCAUGAUAGCCUAUGACGCCCUCCUUGCAGCAGGAAACAGCUGGACUGAGCUGUGUCACCGGGCCAUGUUUCAUGGAGGGGAGAGCGCGGCCACGGGCACCAUUGCAGGCUGCCUGUUCGGGUUGCUGUACGGCCUGGACCUCGUUCCCAAAGGCUUGUACCAGGACCUGGAGGACAAGGAGAAGCUGGAGGACCUGGGCGUGGCUCUCUACCGCCUGUCCACAGAGGAGAACCGGAAGAGCAGCAAGACCUGCAGUGACGACAUGUCUGUGGACGCCCAAACCCUGAAGAAGAAGAUGGGCAAGCUGGCCUGUGACCCGGCCGCCCACUCCAUCCUCAGCAGCCUGCUGCUCUACGUCAUGGGCCGUGCAGACCGGCCCCCGGGGACAGAGGCCGGGGGGAGCAGGCCCAGCCACCAGCCCCAGACCCAGGAGGCCACCCAGCGGCCCACGCGCUUCCAGCUCCUGCAGGCCAAGUUCCUGGGCACUGGCCGGGAGCGCUACCUCAAGAGGACCCGGGAGGUGGGCCGGCUGAUCUCCAAGGACAAGCAGGGGCCGGGUGGGGGCCUCGUGGGUGCCACCAUCAACAAGCUCCUGGAGAAGACCAAGGAGCCGGCCCCAAAGCCCUGCCUCAGCGAGAAGCCCCGCUGGGGCCACCCGGCCGGGAAGAGCACCGUGAAAAACAUCCUGAAGAUAUUCUUGGCCGCCGAGGAGAAGGAGGCGAAGGAGAAAGAAGCACGCGAGAAGCCCCCUGCGGAGCGGCCCAAAGCCGCCAGGGGCCUCUUGCCGAAGAUCAUGGGCAAGAGCUCGGUGCUGUCCAAGCUGCGGGAGAAGUUCGAGCAGAACAGCUGCCUGUGCUCUGAGGCCAGUGCGCUGAGGCUGCACACGCAGGAGCGGAAGAAGAGGAACCUGCAGAGGAAGAGGAUGCACCGGCCGGAGGUGCGCGUGCUGCACACGGCCACCAUGGCCAGCACCUGCGUCAAGAUGCCCCCUGCCCGCUUUCUGGCCUGCACGGCUGAGCCCCUGCCGGCCCUCAGCAUCGCCACCGUCGUCUGUGGCCCCAGGAGCUGGCUGUCCCACUGCACCAAAAUCAGCCACUCGGAGGCAAGGCGUCCACCCAGAGGAGAAGCCAGCAUGCCCCCUAGUGCCAGGGAGACGGGGCCCAGUGGGAACAAAGCAGUGGGAAAGGGGCCCCUGGAGGAGGAGCCCCAAAGACAGCCAAGGCCCUCGAAGCCCAUGACACCGCAGGUGAUGGCUCGGAGGGACGGCCACGCUAUCCCCUCGCUGGCCUCCUCUUGUGCUCCCUGCACAGGUGGAGUCCUUCCUGGCCUUGUGCCUGCAUCAUCCCCACUGGGACCGGCCAGCCCUUGGGGCACCGGAUCAGCCGGAGGUGAUGGGACGGCAGACCCCACCACAGAGAGCACCGCAGGAGGCGUCCAGGAGGUGAGGGGAGCCAGGCUCACGUGGUCUCCUGGGCCCCCAGGGAGUGCAGGGCAGGGCCCUGAAAUCACCAUGACUGUUUGCAGUUCAGAGGAUGAAAGGGACGGAGCAGUCUUCCUAGACCCAGGGAGAGACCCCCUCUUUGCCACCCAGAAGUAUUUCCCAGAACAGAAGGUGCCGGAGCACAUCCCACCCCUGAACGCUCCAUCGGUCCAGGCUGCUCGGAGAACACAGCCUGCCACGGAGCCUCCACGGAUAACUGUCCAAAUUCCAGUUGUCCAUGAAAUGCCAGCCCCUCCCACCAGGCUGCAAAAUACGUCAAGUGGUGAAAACAAACCUUCUUGUAUUUUUGGAGGAGAGAAUGUGGUUGAAAAUGCCCACACAGAAUUUCCCACCGUGACUGAGAACAGAAGGGGUCACCGAGCCCCAGUGGAACUGAGCAAGCUUUCAGGGAUGCAGGCGGGACUCGGCGCCUCUUCGCCGCAGGGGUCACGGGCAGCUCCGCGUCUGGCAGCAGCAAGAGGGGCUGUGGGCGCCGACCACAGUGUCCCAGAGACACUUCUGACACAGAGACUCCAGACAGAUCCUGCUGGCGGGAAGGAAAACAAAGGCAGCUUUGAGAAUUCACGCGGUCCCAGGAAUCCUGACGAUAUUUCAGGAGAGAGGACCUCUGAGCUCAGAGAUGUGAAGCAUCCGUUGCCAGAAUCUAAUGAAAUAUCAAUGCAGAACAAGGGCUCCGCAACAAAUGAUCCUGCAGCCUCACAAAACCUUCUGAGGGGAAACACCAGCCAUGCCUCCAGCAGCCAGCAAGUGCCGUCCCCGACUGGGAGAAACCCAACAGGAGCCCCCACGUCACUGGCGGCAUCAUCCAAGGGGCGUACGGGGCCUGAGGGUGUCACCCCGAUGGGCACGACCGUGCCCGGUGCGCUGGAGGAAUGCAGAAGGCCGCCGCUAAUAGAGUCUUCUCAGCCCCUGAAGGCUGCCGAGAAAAUCACCAGCCAUGAUGUUCGCGAGAACCCACUGUCCUCAUUAAAUGAACCACCCAAACCAGGUAUGAAAGCCUGUGGAGCGAUGGCAGCUGCAGGGAGCGUUGCGAGCCGCGCCACGCCUGCACCAGCGCCAGGCAGCACCCAGAGCCCUGGAGACCGCACAGCGGGAGAGCCAGAGACGCUGGGCCAGCGGGGAAGCAGAGCCUUGUCCGAAAGCCACCCCAGAGGAGAGGCUCUCUCUCAAGACCCUCAUAGCCACGGCCUCCUGGCCCCUGGGGGAUCCUUGGAGCCCAAGAGUGGAGCAGCAGGGAGGAGCCUCCUGAGAGGCGUGGCCCUCGUCCAGCACCCAGAGGACAUUGCGACCCUUGCCUGCCACCCGGAGGAUGCUGCAACCCUCGCCCGGCACCCAGAGGCGGCCCGAUUACACAUUUCAAACACAUCGGCAGCCAGCAGACAUACGGCAGCUGUAGGAGGCAGAAAGGAUGUGGCUGUGGAAGGAAACCUUUUGGGUUUCAGCACAAAGUCUGGAAUUCCUCCUUCUGAUCAUCCUAGGCCACAGGCAAGGAGCGUGGCAGAGUCCCCCAGCUAUGGCCCUGGCCUCCCGCCGUCGCCUCCUGAGAACCCACAGGCAAAGGGCAGGGAGGGCGUCAGGUUUCCCCGUGGGGCAGAGCCUGACCAUCUGCUUCCUGCAGUGCCUCCCGCGGAGGUGGACAUGGGGUGGGUAGGUGGCACCCACCAGCGGGGCCCUCCCCAUCUGCAGGCACACCUGCCCCCUACUGCUGGUGACACACAGGCAAAGCUCCGGGCCAGUGUCCCCGAGCCUAGGACACAGGCAGGUGAAUCCCAGGAGCGUUCCCUGACACAGGCGGACCUGGGGAGGCAACAGAGUCACCAGGCACAGGAGGAGACCCCCCAGCCCAGGGAUGUGGGGAAGAGGGUGGCGCCGUCGGGCCCGAAGGUUGUGCUGAACCCAGCAAAAGAGCCUCAGACAUGGUGGGCACAGGAUCUGGCCGGGGACAAAGGGACGGCCACUGGGGUUGGGGGCGCCUGCCAGUGCAGUGACCAAGGUCAGCAGCAUCUGCAGGGACCCUGGGAGGAGCGGGGGAGGAGCACGGCGUGGGGAGAGGGCACCAGGGCUGCCAGGAACCCAGCUGUGCCUCCAGGGGACCCCAAGGGGCCGGGAAGCCCGGAAGCCCCAGGACAGGACCAGGGACAGGUUCAGGAAUGGGCCCGGGGACAGGUUCAGGGACACGCUCCAGAACAGGCCCAGUGGCAGACCCAGAUAGAGGCCCAGGGGCAGGCACAGGAACCGGCUCAGGGUGGGACCCAGGGACAGGUUCAGGGACAGGCCCAGAAAUGGGCUCAGGGGCAGAUUCAGGGACAGGCCCAGAAACAGUUUCAAGGACAGGUUCAGAAAUGGGCCCAGGAAGAGGCUCAGGGACAGGCCCAGUGGCAGACCCAGAUAAAGGUCCAGAAAUGGGCUCAGGAACAGACCCAGAAAGGGGCUCAGGAACGGGUUCAGGGUCAGGCCCAGAAAGGGGCUCAGGAACGGGCCCAGGAACAGGCUCAGGAGCAGACCCAGAUAGAGACUCAGGGUCAGGCCCAGAAGGGGGCUCAGGAACGGGCUCGGGAACAGGCCCAGAAAGGGGCUCAGGAACGGGCUCGGGAACAGGCCCAGAAAGGGGCUCAGGAACGGGCUCGGGAACAGGCCCAGAAAGGGGCUCAGGAACGGGCUCGGGAACAGGCCCAGAAAGGGGCUCAGCAACGGGCUCGGGAACAGGCCCAGAAAGGGUCUCAGGAACGGGCCCGGGAACAGGGUUGGGAGCCGACCCAGAUAGAGGCUCAGAGGCAGACCCAGAAAGGGGCUCAGGAACGGGCUCGGGAACAGGGUCGGGAGCAGACCCACAUAGAGGCUCAGGGUCAGGCCCAGAAAGGGGCUCAGGAACGAGCUCGGGAACAGGCCCAGAAAGGGGCUCGGGAACAGGCCCAGAAAGGGACUCAGGAACGGGCCCGGGAUCAGGGCUGGGAGCAGACCCAGAUAGAGGCUCAGAGGCAGACCCAGAAAGGGGCUCAGGAACGGGCUCGGGAACAGGGUCGGGAGCAGACCCACAUAGAGGCUCAGGGUCAGGCCCAGAAAGGGGCUCAGGAACGGGCUCGGGAUCAGGGCUGGGAGCAGACCCAGAUAGAGACUCAGAGGCAGACCCAGAAAGGGGCUCAGGAACGGGCUCGGGAACAGGCCCAGAAAGGGGCUCAGGAACGGGCUCGGGAUCAGGUCUGGGAGCAGACCCAGAUAGAGGCUCAGAGGCAGACCCAGAAAGGGGCUCAGGAACGGGCUCGGGAACAGGCCCAGAAAGGGGCUCAGGAACGGGCUCGGGAUCAGGUCUGGGAGCAGACCCAGAUAGAGGCUCAGAGGCAGACCCAGAAAGGGGCUCAGGAACGGGCUCGGGAACAGGGCUGGGAGCAGACCCACAUAGAGGCUCAGGGUCAGGCCCAGAAAGGGGCUCGGGAACGGGCUCGGGAUCAGGGCUGGGAGCAGACCCAGAUAGAGGCUCAGAGGCAGACCCAGAAAGGGGCUCAGGAACGGGCUCGGGAACAGGCCCAGAAAGGGGCUCAGGAACGGGCUCGGGAUCAGGUCUGGGAGCAGACCCAGAUAGAGGCUCAGAGGCAGACCCAGAAAGGGGCUCAGGAACGGGCUUGGGAACAGGGUCGGGAACAGGCCUUGACAAGUGGGAUGGCGCCUCGGGCCUGGGAGCAGCCCAUUAGUGGCAUAGCUGAGGGAGUGGAUGCUGCUGGCAGGAGUGGGGGGCCCAGAAGCCCAGCCCCCAGGGAUGGUGGACAGUCUGGGGGCAGUGGCCUGGGGGAGCCCAGCGCCGGGCACCCACCCCCAGGAAGCCGCCCCCUCAGGGGCAAGAGCAUUGCCACCUCUCCCCUGGGGCUGGGAAAGAGCCCAACUGAGCCCACGCCUGAGGCUGGGGGCUGCGGGACUCCCCAGGCCCCGGCCCAGGAGGGGCCCCCAGGCCACCCUGGGGCUGAGAGGGCCCCGCAGGACAGGAUGGAGGCAUCGGAGCCCGAGCGUCGCGGGAGGUCCAGGUACCUGGCCAAGUACAAAGCCCAGAGCUUCCGUGACCAGAGGGCCUUCGAUUUGUCCUUCAGACCAAUGAGCGUCAGGGCCAGCGACACGUCUGAGCUCCCAAAGUGAGGCCCCGAGUCCACACCGUGGCUCGCCCAGCACUGUGACAUCCGCCCAUUGAGGGACUUCAGGCAUUUUCCUGCCUCCAAAUGCGUCUUGGAGCAUCCCCUACAGAGACUCCUGUUUCCAUAAUUUUCUUUCCCUUCUUCACAAGCUGACCUUGGGAGGAUUGAGCUACAUGGGGGUCGGGUUCCUGUCACCCCACAGAGCCACGAGGCCAUGGGGGUGGGAGGUGCGGGCCUGUGGCCUCACCAGGCCCUCGGGAUUCUUUGUGUCUUCACUCGGGGGCGCCGGCUCACCCCUCUCUCACACAGCCUGCAGCAUGGAGCUCACACCUCCCGCAGUGGCACAGUGUGUGCGUCCCCUUCAAUCUGCAGGAUGCUGGCACUUUGGGACGCCUCCCCAGCUCUCACAGGGCCACCUCCCACUGCUCUCUGCCCACACCCCGCCAUGCCCUGCUCUGACGUGGCCGCAUGGCACCCACCAUCCAUGGGCCCAAAGUGAUGCACACCGCCCCACCCCCAUGACUCGAAAGAAAGGGCAGAGCUUCCUCCAGCCUCAGACGCCCAGGCGGGUGCCGGGUGCUGUGUGGCUGCUGGGCCAUGUGGUGGUCACCAGAGGGUGUGGGAACGCUGGGAUCCCAGGCCGAAACCAGCUCAUCCGGAGGAAGAGGCCUCAGGAAAUGCCCACGUUAAGUUCUGAGAAAGGGACAGUGCAGAGCCGUGGGAAGCCAGGAUCCCAAGGAAGCUUCGUCUGGAAACUGGGUGCUGGGAGAAUGAACGGGAGCCUGCCCGCCCUUCCCUGCAGUCCCUGCGGGUGGCGCCACUGGUGCCAGUGACCUGAGAGCCUCGCUGUCUGUCCUCCGUCCUCCCGAACAGCAUGGAAGUGUUUCCUGCCCUGGCCCGAGACGGCCCACGACUCCGGCCUUGUUCAGGUACUGAGGUAAUGCAUGUUCAGGCUGGAAUAUUUGAAUGCUGUCUAGAGGCACAAGAAGGAAAUCAAAGCCACCUGUGGUCACAUUGCCUCGAGAUGGUUUUUGUUGCUGCUCUGGACUAUUAUUUUGGCUCUUCCUCCAUGCACCUAUUUCAAAGCACAUUCUUCCCCAUGAUGGAGCCAUGCACCUCCGUGUCGUGAUCCAACGUCCCAGGCCACUCGGUGGCCUCUGAAACCCCGACCCGUGAGGCCACACGGCUGCCUGAGUGGCCCCGGAGCAGCUGGCUUUUCAGCGUGAACCGAUGCAGCCUGUCGCCCUACGGCCCCGCACCCUUGUUUUCGGUGGUGCCCUCCCUGUGGAAAGUUAAUUCCUGCUUUUUGAAGGUGUCUUGGCAUCUUCUGCCUUUGCUGCUGAGCGGUUUCCUGAAACAGCCCUACGCGUUGGCAAAGGCGCUUUGGUGCCUGCUGCGAGCACCUCUGUUUUCUGACUCGGAUGUUCCUUUAGACGAAGGUGUUUUCCAAUGUCGGCCCUGAGAGGGCGUUUAGCAGGCGCGUCCUACCCACGGCGGGGCUGGGGUCUCUCCUACCAGGGAAGGUCCAUCCCGGCAGACGCCAGUGGCUUUGGCUCUGCGGCGCCAGGGAGGCGGCGUGACGUCAUGCUCCGGGGAGCGUACAGGUUUCCUUCCAGUCGAACAAUUAACUUAAGAUCCAGCAGGUUUGACCCACCCUCACCUGCUAGGACAUGCGAGUGCUGGUGUCUGGAAGGAGGGCCGGGCUGUGCUGAGCUCUGGGGGGCCGGUCCCCACAGCUCCCCCCGCAGGGCCCCCGGGGCCUCCUCUAUAACUCAGGGGUCCGUGCUCCCAGCCCACUUCGAGGGGUUUCUGCUUGGCGUGUGGGUUCUAAGUGCGAGCUGCUGUGUGUGGAGGCUCCUGAGCACCGGGUGCCCCUCGCGCAUGUGGGUCCCCGGGCAGCCCAGCUGCACACAGGAUGGUCCCGGGGUGCGGGUGGGGGCAGAGCUGAGCAUGGCGUGUACUUGGCCACAGAAGUCUUGCUGUGGUGCCGCUGGACCCCUGCUAGGAGGACAGGGUCCCCUCUCUCACGAAGCACACGGACCUCCGGAGUCCCUGCCCCUGCAGUCCUGGGAGCCUGCAGUUGGGGCUGGAGUUGGCCUCUCGGAGCCACCCAAACGGAGAGGCCCAUGAGAGAGGAGCUCAGGGGUCCAGCAGAGGCUGACAGAGUGGCCUCUUUGUCCUGUUGGCGGCCCCUGCUCAUGCCUGGGGCGUCCUCCCUGGAGCUGGGGGAGCUCAGGGACCCCCAGGUCUGUGUGGCUGCCCCUGCCACUCCAGGCACAGAGGCACGGCCCUCACUCUUUACCUAUUUGGAAUUUGAGGCAAUGAGUGGCGAGAACAUGAUGACAGACACGGGAGGUAAAAAUAUGUUCACUGGCUGUUCCCUUUAGAAAUAAGAAGUGGUGGGACUUGCGCUGCUAUUUUUAAAUAGACCAGAGAGUACACUGGAGAAGGCAUUGAGUGGUUUUAUUUUAAGUGGUGGAAAAAAUGAUGAGAAUCUCCUCCAGAUGACAGCUCUGGAAGUGUCGUGCCUGAACCCCUCUCACAGUCUGGAGGGCACAGAGUCUGUGAGCGGCCAGGAGGCCACCUGCUCGACUGGCCCGUCCUCUCCGUGUGCCAGAUACAGCCCAGCAUCACACUGCCCUCAGCUCAAAAACAGCACAGCUACUCUGUGUGCAGGAAAAAACUGCCAAUGACUUCACCAGGAUUUGAGAACGGUCCGUACGUUCACACUAAGCUGAGACAGCGCAGGUUAGAAGAUAGCACGGGGAGGUAUUCACACUUCAGAUACGACCAUCACUGCCACAUGGCUAAGGCCCACACCCUCCUGGGGUGAAAUAACUAUAGCAGAAGAAUGGUGCGCUAACCACCCCCACGGGCAUUUUAAAUAAAACCCAAAGUUUUUUUUUUUUUUU